AUGUCGGAACAGAAGCAGCAGCAGCAGCAGCAGCAGCCCGCGCAGACGCCAACCCAGCCAGCGCCUGGCUCCUCCGAUAACGAACCGGACUACUCGACAUGGCCUACCUCCAGUCUGAUUGCUCGCAUCACCGAACUUGAGCGCCAACUCCACUCCCGGACAGCGGAGUACGCCGCAUCGCCUGCCCCCACGACGCAGAGCACUACAAGCAUUCUUCAGCAGCAGAACGACAAACUUACCGAGAAAAAGCCUGCCGAAUUGCCCUCUUCUUCGACAGUCAAGCAGGAAUUACAGCCACGGAAGCCUAAGUCCGCGAAAGUGCGCCGGGAGAUCGAUCCCUCGAAGUAUAACACGCGCUACAUCGCGCUGAAGUUUGCCUACCUGGGACAGCGGUAUAACGGAUUGGAACACGCGAACGGCAAUGCCACACCGUUGCCGACCAUUGAAGAGGAACUUUAUAAGGCACUGCGCAAGACACGUCUGAUCUUUCCGACCGAUACUUCUGGGGAUGACUUUGUCGACAACUACGCGCCGCGUGAGGUCAAGCCCUACUGGAUCAACUGGGACGGAUGCCAGUACUCCAAGGCUGGCCGCACGGACCGCGGUGUGAGCGCUUUUGGGCAGGUCGUUAGUAUCAGGGUCCGCAGCACGCGACCAAUGCGCAAGACGGAUGCGCAGAACCCGGACACGGCUAUGGAAAACACGGAGGAGGCGGAUGACGGUUGGGAUCAUAUCAAGGAUGAACAUCCUUAUGUGAGCAUGUUGAAUAAGGUCCUUCCGCAGGAUAUCAGGGUCCUGGCGUGGUGCCCCAACCCUCCUGAAGGGUUCGAUGCUCGUUUCUCCUGCCGAGAACGACACUACAAGUACUUUUUCACUCAGCCUGCCUUCUCUCCAACCCCUGGGCCUCUCGGAUUAAUGCCCCGUGCGAAUGACGGAACGAACGCCCGUCCGAAGUACAGAGAGGGUUGGUUGGACAUUGAGGCGAUGCGCGAAGCCGCCAAAUACUUCGAAGGCACACACGACUUCCGCAAUUUCUGCAAGCUGGAUGUUACCAAACAGAUUGAAAAUUUCUCCCGUGAGAUCUUCCGCGCUGAUAUUGAAUUGAUCGAUGCCAAAAACACCCCGCUGGGUUACGUCAACGAGCCAGAGUUUCGCGCCGUUGAGGGCGAGCAAGAAACCGAAUCAUCCGUUGAGCCUACACCUACUGCUGCCAAGGUGUAUGUCUUUCAUCUAGAAGGAUCCGCAUUCCUAUGGCAUCAGGUUCGUCACAUGGUCAGUGUCUUGUUCCUUGUUGGCCAGGGCCUCGAACCCCCAACCAUUGUGCGUGACCUGCUAGAUGCAUCCAAAAACCCGCGCAAGCCCACUUAUGAGAUGGCGUCUGACGCCCCUCUUGUCCUUUGGGAUUGUGUCUACCCUGACGAGCAGAGCGGUAGCCGCAAGGAUGCGAUGGAGUGGGUUUAUGCAGGCGAUAUCAGGCAGAUCAAAUCCCAUCUCGGCAAAGGCGGCGGCAAGUUUGGUCUCGGUGGAAUUGUCGAGGAGCUCUGGGCUGUUUGGAGACAGCGUAAGAUUGAUGAGAUCCUAGCCGGCACACUGCUCGACCUGGCUGUUAGUCAAAGAGAUCAAACCAUGAUCGCUACCGGAGGAGCAAACCCGGUCUGGGAGCGGAAGAACAGAGGACAAAAAGUGUUCAUUGGUGGCAACGAUUCCAGAACAGGCGGUGAUUAUAUUCCAGUCAUGCACAAACGCAAGACGGAGCUCGUUGAGGUCCAGAAUGCGCGGUGGUUGGCUACCAAACAACGAAAAACGGAGGCUGGUGCGAAGGCGUCCAAGAUGGAGAUGUAG